AAUUCAUCUGUGUGUUUAGGGCAGGACGUUUAAGAGCUUUAAAGAGAAUCUGUUUUUCCUUAAAAGGAACUUGUACUUUAUACAGCGUUAGACAUGAGAAGAUUUAAGCAGAACUUCUUGUUUUUAAGUGGUGUAGCAGUGAGUAUCUUUCUCACAAUAACUUAUUCACAUGUCCAAAAGACUCGGACAUCUUCUUUUGUUCGGAUAGCAAGAAAUAUAUCUACAGUGAAGCAUACAGUAGCUCAGAACAGAAAUGCAACGUUGGAUUCAAGCCAGAAGGUCAGAGUUUUAUGCUGGGUAAUGACACAGCCUCAAAACCUGCAGUCCAGAACCCAACACGUUCAUGCCACAUGGGGCAAACGCUGCGACACCAUCUUGUACAUGACCUCGAAGAACACGGACUUCCCCACGAUAGGGCUCAAUGUGUCAGAAGGACGCAAUCAACUCUACUGGAAGACCAUACGAGCCUUCCAGUACAUUCACAAGCACCAUUUGGAUGAUGCUGAUUGGUUCCUCAAAGCUGACGAUGACACAUUUGUUGUCAUUGAGAAUUUGCGCCAUAGCUUGUCCAAACACAGCUCAGAGGAUCCUCUGUAUUUUGGACGUCGCUUCAGGCCCUUUGUUGCACAAGGCUACAUGAGUGGAGGGGCCGGUUACGUCCUCAGUAAAGAAGCUUUGAGAAGAUUUGUGAAGGGGUUUGCUGAUGGACUUUGUACGCACACCACAGAACUUGAGGAUGUUGGAAUGGGACAAUGCAUGGAGAAAAUGAAAGUUGAGAUGGGGGAUUCCAGGGAUGUGUUUGGGAGACAAGUCUUUCACCCUUACCCUCCAGGCAAUUACUUGGUGAGACAGCUACGCAGACAACGACCCUGGUACCUCAUCUAUGAUCAUUAUACUCCAGUUGAGGGUCCGGGAUGCUGCUCAGAUUUUGCCAUCUCAUUCCAUUACAUAAACGCAGUGGAAAUGCACACAUUGGAGUACUACACAUAUCAUUUACGCCCGUAUGGAUACAAAUACAGAUUCAAUCCAGAUGAACUGAAAUGAAUCCAAACAUAAGACGCCAUGACUAGUGAAAAUUAAGAAUAUAUUUAUUGAACAUUACUUUACUGUAGUAAAUCAUAAAUGUUGUAUUUAUUGUUUUAUAAUACAUAAUAAAACAAGUUGUACAAA